GUGAAAAUGGUUCCUGUAGUCUGCAAUUAUUCCUCUGGAAAUCCAUUCCUACUCCCAUACCACACCAAGGGUGUUUAUCCCAAAUUGUAUAGCUAAAAGUCUGUAGAAAUUCUCAGUCAUCCAGGUCAUGGUUGUCCCAAAGGUGCUUUUUCAGGAGGCAACUGGACUUUCUCGUUUUUUUGUUUCAAGGAUGUUUCCCUUCUCAUCCAAGAAGCUUCUUCAGUUCUGACAGGAUAGUUGGGAAUGGAAGGAUUUAUAUUCCUUGCAGACAGCUGGUCAGCUGCAUCUUUUUUGAGGGUCUUUGAAGCACCUGGAGCUUUAUCUCUGUCCUCAGGGUCACCUGAGUAGUGCAAAUGGUUCCUGUAGCCUGACAAUUUUUUCCUCUGGAAAUCCAUUCCUUACUCCCACACCAUUCAAAGGGUCUUCAUCCCAAAUUGUAUCGCUAAAAGGUUGAUGGCAAGCAUGUUUAUAUCUCUGUGUGCCUGGAUGUGAGUUUAGACUAGCCCUGGUUAAGCAGGAGAAGAGAUGCUGAGGACGGAAUCAGCUGAGUUCUUUCUCCUGCAUCUCUAAAGCAUCUCGGGAAUUGCUUGCCGUACGGCGAGAGCCAGCUGGUCACAUGAGUCUGAAUUUUCAUUUUAGUUCAUUAGUCAGCCAUUUUGGUCAACACCCUCUUUAACUGCGCACAAUCCAAUCCUAUUAUCUUUUCUGAAUCUGGGUUGAUCGGAAGGGGGCAAGAGAGAGAGAGAGAAAGAAAGAAAAGAGAGAGAGAGAGAGAGAGAGCAGCUGUCGAUUUGAGUGGAUCCUGGAUACCUCUUCUUCUCUUUGUGUGGCUAUUGUUCUGUUGUUUUGUAAUUAUUAUUUUUUUUUUUAAAAAGACAAGGUUUUUUUCCCUGAGACAGCCAAGAGGGCUGGAUAUUAUUAUUUUUUCCCGCCGCUCUCCUUGAUGCAGAGGCCGUGCGCGAAGGGGUUAUUCAGGAAUAAUAGCUCCUAGUCACAUCGAGCAUCUGUGCACGGCUGUGCGGCUUUGCAGAAGAAAACCGGAGGAAGGAAAACAGCUGAGAAGGGGGGUCUCUUUCCCCCCCCCCCCACCUUCCCUUCUGCCUCGCUUUCCUCAAAGUAGUGCAUUGUCUGAUCUCCGGCGAAUCUUUCCCGUGACGGCGGCCAGCUAUUGAAUUAUUUUUUUUUCCCCUCUUCGAGGGGGAAGAUUUUUUCUCUCUCCUCCCCUUCUCCUUUUUAUGGUUUUGUUUUUAAUUUUCGCUUGGUUUUAUUUUUAUUUUUAUUUCACCACCACCACCACCAAAUCGGCUUUAUUGUUGUAUCAGCUGAGUCAUCAUGUCGUCUCUGACGCCUCAGAGCGAUACGCCGACUCCCACCACAGACAAGAUCACCCAGGCUGCCAUGGAAACCAUCUAUCUCUGCAAAUUCCGGGUGUCCAUGGAUGGAGAAUGGCUCUGUUUGAGAGAGCUGGAUGACAUCUCUCUGACGCCUGACCCCGAACCGAGCCAAGAAGACUCUUGGGAGGAUUUGACAGAUUUGGUGGAGCAAUUGCGCGAUGAUACAGAAGAUCCCAACUAUGUCAUGGCCAAUGAACGCAUGAAUCUGAUGAAUAUGGCAAAACUAAGCAUAAAGGGCUUGAUCGAAUCUGCUCUAAAUCUUGGGAGAACCUUGGACUCCGACUAUGCACCUCUUCAGCAAUUCUUUGUCGUCAUGGAGCACUGCCUUAAACAUGGCUUAAAAGCCAAGAAGACUUUUCUGGGCCAAAAUAAGUCAUUUUGGGGACCUCUGGAAUUGGUAGAAAAGUUUGUUCCUGAAGCUGGAGAAAUCACAGCGAGCGUUAAAGAUCUGCCAGGGCUAAAGACUCCUGUGGGAAGGGGAAGAGCUUGGCUGCGCCUGGCAUUGAUGCAGAAGAAACUUUCAGAGUACAUGAAAGCCUUGAUAAACAGAAGGGAAAUUCUCAGUGAAUUUUAUGAAGCGAAUGCCCUCAUGAUGGAGGAAGAAGGUGCUAUAAUCGCUGGACUUUUAGUGGGCCUGAAUGUCAUCGAUGCAAAUUUUUGCAUGAAGGGAGAAGACUUGGAUUCUCAGGUUGGCGUUAUUGAUUUUUCCAUGUAUUUGAAGGAUGGCAGCAGCAGUAAAGGCAGCGAAGGCGAUGGUCAAAUUACUGCGAUUCUAGAUCAGAAAAAUUACGUAGAAGAGCUCAACAGACAUUUAAGUGCUACAGUCAACAACUUGCAGGCAAAGGUCGAUGCGUUGGAAAAAUCCAACACUAAACUAACUGAGGAGCUUGCCGUCGCCAACAACAGAAUUAUAACACUGCAAGAAGAAAUGGAGCGAGUCAAAGAGGAGAGUUCGUACAUUUUGGAAUCCAACCGAAAGGUAAAUAAGCAGGAUCGAACUGCAGAUGGGCAUGCCCUCACCGAAGCCAGGAAACAGCUAAAAGAGGAAACGCAGUUAAGACUGGAUGUGGAAAAAGAGCUUGAAAUGCAGAUCGGAAUGAGACAAGAGAUGGAGCUGGCCAUGAAGAUGCUGGAAAAAGAUGUUUGCGAGAAGCAGGAUGCCCUUGUGGUGCUCAGGCAACAGCUGGAUGAUCUCAGGGCCCUAAAACUUGAACUUUCUUUCAAGCUGCAGAGUUCAGACCUGGGAAUGAAACAGAAGAGUGAACUGAAUAGCCGCUUGGAGGAGAAGACCAGUCAAAUGGCCGCUACCAUUAAACUGCUUGAACAGAGAUUGCAGCUGUCCGAGCGGGAGUGCCAGUCUCUGCAGGAGGACAAUCGGCUCUUCAAGGCGGAAUUUGGGGACAAGAUCGACAGCCUUCAAGUCGAAGUGGAACAACUUACAAAGCAGCGAGGCCAGCUUGAAGCUGAAUUGAGACGAGAACGGGAACAGUGGCUACAUUUGCCUCACGGCGUCCCAGAUAACAAAAGCUUGUUCAGCCUUAACAAAGGCAUUCAGAAGACAGGAUCAAAGAUAGAUUCAAGCGACAGGCACCUAGAAGGAGAUUCCCAAUCGAGAACAUCAGCGAAAGAUAAUACAAUGCUUUCAAGCAGCGUGUUUCCUGACCAGCAAGACGAGCAGGAGCAAGCUCCUCCUGACAAGUCCAAACCCUGCCAACUCUGUCAAAAAGAAAGUACUCGGAGCAAAAGAAAGAACGUCUGCAAGAACUGCAGAGGCGACUUCUGUGAAGACUGCUCAGCCAGUGAACUACCUCUCCCCUCUAGCAUCAAGCUGGAACGGGUGUGCAAUCUUUGCCACAAGCACUUAAUACAGCAAUAUUCUGCCAGCCCUUCCUAAGACUCCAAAAAGAGCGACUGUGCUUUCUAUUAGCCCGACCCCUUUCCCUUGAAACGAGCUUGCUUCCGGCAGAUCUCGGGAAACGUUAUUAUUUCCGGAAGAACGGUGGUUUGUUUUUUUCCCCUGCUUUUGCAGAGACAAAAAAAAAAAAAAUGUGGGGUCAAACGGUCGUCCGUCGUCGACAAUCCGUCACGAGGUUUCGAAGCUUUUGCGUUGACUGCACCUUGAAGAGUGCCCCCCCUCCCUUCCCCCUCUCCCGCCCGCCGAUGCAGAUCGGGGAAUUUCUCCUUCGUGGGUCUCCGUUAGGGAAAAAAAAAAUAGUACUGGACUCUCGAGUUUGAGAUAGGACAGCCUUUUUUUGUCGACCAAAAAAAAAAAAAGAAAAAGAUACAGGCCAUUGAUCGACUGGAAGCGCGAUAGAAAAUAGGAACGUGAGCACUUUUCUUUGGGGCGUCAACUCUGCAGAAGUCACAAUUGGAGUUAUGGAAUCCAGGGAUACAGGCAUUGCUUUCUGUAGAACGGGGGGUUCGUCCAGCGUUGGCAACUUUUAAGACCUGCGGACUUCAACUCCCAGAAUUCCCCAGCCAGCCAGCCAUGCUGGCUGGCUGGGGAAUUCUGGGAAUUGAAGUCCGCAGGUCUUAAAAGUUGCCAAGUUUGGAUAGAUCGGGGGUGUCAAACUGGAUUUCUUCAAGGGCUGGAUCAGCAUUGUAGUUCUCCUCCAUGGGCCAGGAGGGGGAGGGAGACGGGAUGGACAUCUGCAUCCUGCUUGCCAAAAUGGGGUGCAAGGGAGCCCCGCGUACCCCGUUUUCCACGUGCUGCUCCCACACACCCUGUUUUGGCCGGCAGAAUGCAACAGGAGGCCAUCCAUGCUGCCAGAGGCCCAUAGGCCAGUCCCUGUGCUAUUUUCAGGCCGGCCCCGUGGGCUAGAUUUAAGCACCCCGCAGGCCAGAUCCGGCCCACAGGCCUUAAAAUCAACACCCCUGCUGUAGAUGAACCGAGUUAUGCGGAGCCUCCGUUUCAUAAAUGAGCCUGUGUGAGCCGUAAGUCAAACACUAAAGUGGAAGAUUCAGUGAUAUUUACACACUCAACUCUAGUCCCAUGGCCUAAAAUGGAGGCAUACAAUGGAGGCAGGGGCUGCACCAGGUGGUCUGUCACCCGUCGAAGGCCAUUUGUCAACAUUGACGGUUGUUGGUUUUUGUUUUGUUUUUUAAAAGGACUUCUGGAAUUCUAAGCUAAGGGCUAAAACGGAAUUGGUAAAAUAGAAUUGCUCCUUAAAAUCUGCCCCAAAUGGGAAGAAAGAGGGAUUAAAAUAUGGAUUGUGCCCCAAUCUGACGGGUGAAUGCUAGAAGGGAUUGUGGCAAUCCUUUUUUUGUAACACACACA